UUGGAGCGUGCCUGCCUCAGUGUUCUGCUGUAUGGGGUGAGGUGACUACGCGCUCCUCUGUCAUUGAUCUAUGUGUGAACCUGUCUAUUUUACGGAAGUUUUAGGAUAAUUUGAAUGACGUAUUUCUGAAGUGCAAAACUCCAUGAAAAAGAAAUGUUGGAAUGUACGCAACAGUUAUGAAAACAUUAAGAAUAAUACAGUGGAGAAAGUCUCACGCUCUCUCCACUCACCACAACUGACUAGGAGAAGCUGAAUGAGUCACAACCAAUGCUAUGGGUAAUCGUAGAAGCUCCCACAAAGGCAGCCUCUAUCUCAGUCUUCUCAAGGGAAAGAGCCAAUUGUGACGCACACAAGAGAAGUGACACGGCCUCCAAGACACCCAGGGGCUCCUACCAUGUGUGGUGAGGAUGUGUGUGGGGAACAAGGAUGCUGGUAUGUGGAGCAACUGCUGGGCGAGGCAUCUUCUCGACCCGCAGACUGUGGCAGCCCCGUCAAGCCACCCCUAUGGUAUGACAAGGCCAAGCUCAAGAGGGGGCAGUCAGUUUUCCAUCACUACUUCCUGAGUGUGUUCGUGAGUAACCUGGUAGGUCUGCUGUGUCUGCUGUCAGUACACAGUAUCCUGAAAGUGCUGACAUUUACUGGGCGCUCCUCUACUCCAGUCGCCUCCUACAAAAGGUACCUUGGUACCUUGAACCACGUGAGACGAUGGUACUCUGGUGAUGUUUUCGACCCACAAUCAAGUGCCUUCAAAUCCAUCCAGUUGGUGAGAAGAAUGCACACCAGCUCCUUCAGUGACUCCCAGACGGCAGGCGUGUUGCUGGCCUCUCAGACAGACAUGGUGGUGACACAGUGGGCCUUCUUUGGGUUAGCACUGACACACGGACAACAGUUGGGUCUUCGGUGCACCAGGAAUGAGGAAGAGAGCCUUGUCCACUUCUGGAGGUGUAUUGGGUACCUCUUAGGCAUAGAGGACAGGUACAAUCUUGCUUCAGGGGAACUAGAGGAGGUGAGAGCCAAGUGUAAUGCCGUGGCAGAGAAGGUGAUCGCUGAAGGCUUAAUCAAUCCCCCAGACCACUUUGGUGCCAUGGCCGAGUCAAUGUUACAGGGAGUACACAUGAUAGUCCCUGUGGUGGACCCUGCUGCUACCAUAGCCUUCACUCACCAUCUACUGGCACUCGGUCAUGACACCCAAAAGUUGUCCUGGUAUUCAACAAUUUUUCUUUAUUUAAAUAUAUGGAACUUAGGAGUUGUUCGACACAUCCCCAUCAUUGGUGAAGUGCUGCGCCUUAUUGAAAAUGGUCUUCUGAACUUUGCAUUAAUUGUUUGCAAUUCGCUGCCAACAAUAGCAUUAUAUUACCGUUACUUAGAAACCACCGUCUAUCAUGUAUUGAUGACCAUAAUUGCCAUCCCUAAAACAGCAUUGCACAGCUUCACUUUCUUUAUGAAUCGUAAAAAAAUAGUUUAGGAUAUGUAAGACUGACACUAAUAAGAACAUUACACACUAAACUACUUUUAUGAAUGGAUAACAUAUCUUAUAUAUUUUUAUACCAGAACUACUGUAUUUGUAUUAGCUUUACAAUUUUGUACUGCGAUACAAAAUCAAAAUUGUAUACAGUCCCGGUUAAGAAAAGGCUUUUUACAUUACAAAACACACAAUAAAUAACUGUAACUCGCUAUGUCUGUGUAAUGUGUUCAGUUAUGUUUAUAGAUAAGUUACUGUAAUCUGUUAUAUUGUAUUUUGUAUCAAGAAAACUGGAUAACAUUUACAAUAUGGUUGAGGUUAUGAGAUCUGUUUAUUUAUUACUAAUGUAUGUUAUUUUUGUCAUGUGUUCAUAUAUUAAUGUUUUACUUUGGUCACAAGUAAUGGGAUUUCUUAUUCUGCCUACUCGUAAGUAUCAUUUGUAUUAUAACUAAUAUUGUACUGUAAAUUAACUCAUUAUACUCCACCAAUCACACAUUAGUUGAUAAAUUGGUUUUAGUAGUUUAAUUGGUACAACUUGGUAUACUGAGAGGUACAUGUGAUGGUUGUGAUCAGUAUUGUAUUAGUUGUAAUAAUCUAUUCACUAAUUGUUCCCCAUAGUGUUGGAGGCAAGGUGCUGGGAAGUGGAACUGUUAUCCAUUUAUAAACCACUUGUGUACGAGGUCCUUUGUGCUGAUAAAAAUCUCCUGAUGUUAACUGAAUAAAAUAGGAAAAGUGUCAUUCAGUAGUGAAGGUGUAAGUGGUGUAACCCCUUAGUUAUGGAGGGGGGCUCUGUGCUGAAUAAAAUUGUCUAGUGUUAUCCAAAUAAAAUAUUAGUACUGUAGUGACAUCCAGUAGUGAAGGGGUUAAGGUACAUUUGUGAUCUUGAUAAUCUGAAUAAACUUAACUAGACUGAGAUGAAACUCAGUAUAUAGGUAUAUCCCAACAAGUCCUGGGAUGGGUUCGAAUACAAGCAUAUUCAGUCAUAUAUUUUUGGGACUCGAGGUCUGGUGUGUCACUUGUAUUGAUGAACAUUCUUGAUAUGAUUUCUAGAUUCAUCAGUUUUAAACAUAUUCAGUAUCAUUAAGUAUUUAUUUGAUUUAAUGUACAAACUUUUUUUCCUGUUGCCUGAUUCACCCACCAUUAAAUUUUGUAUCGUUUAAGAUAUGCUGUAUAAGGAAGCUAUUAUAAGGUGAUGUAUAGUAAGUCUUGUAAAUUUGGCCUCACUGGCAUUUCAUAUCUAAGACCAGACGAUUCUAUUAAGGACAAAGGAGAGCCCAUACACAAGGGGGCAUAUGUGGUGGUAGGACGGAGGGUUGAGAGAAACGCUUGUUAGGGAAAUUGAUGGAAUGGCUAGAAAAUGGAAGUCAAUAAAAAUGAAUAGCUGGAA